CAUAAGUGUUGACCCAAACCAGUGGUCACCAGAAGUUUGUGUUAAAUGAAUGUAAGCCUAAACCCAUACCACCGACAGUCCGGUCCCACAGGUUCUGUGCAUCGGAUUAGUGGCGCCGGUAUUAGUAGUAGCGGUGAGUCUAUGAUGGCCUCCAACUCGUGCGCAAGUGACCAGAAGAAGUGGGGGGACACCACCUCCCGGUCCGGAGAGAUAUCGCGUAUAUUUGUCGCUCCCAUCGACUAUAAGAGCGCCUCCUGUCCUGAAAUCGUUUUGGGAGAUUUUCCUCUUUUCUAUGUGAUCGGGGUUAGGAGGGUAGGCGUGAAUGGGAUACUCAUUUGCCAUCUCAUAGAAGACUUAAAUGUCUCAUAUAAAGAGCAACGGUUCGGAAAUUAUGGAAACAUAAGA